CGCCAAUAAACUUCUGAAGAAGAAAAACAACAACACAAACGCACGCUUGGACGCACAUCUUCAUAUGAAAGAGCGCUUCCUUCGCCACACGCUCUUUGGAUCUCUGAUACUCUGCGUAACAUCACUAAAGUGUCCUGAUUCUUUACACCUCUUAUAAUGAAAUCAGAGUCCAGACGCCGAUCUUUAGGAAAAUCUCCACAGACUCCUGCUGCUACUGGCUCAAAGAUGUACCACUGCUCAGAUUGUGGGAAGAGUUUCACUGGAAGUCUGAAAUAUCACGAGUGCAUUCACACAAGAGACAAGCUGCAUCACUGUGGACAGUGUGGGAAGAGUUUUACUUCUCAGAGUCAUCUCCAACGACACGAGCGCAUCCAAACAGGUGUAAGGCCAUAUUUCUGCUAUCAGUGUGGAAAUAGUUUUAAUCCUCGCAGUCAUCUCAAACAACACCAGCAUAUUCACACUAGAGAGAGGCCCCAUCACUGUGGACAGUGUAAGAAGAGUUUUUCUUUUCAGAGUGCUCUCUACCGACACCAGCACAUUCACACAGGUGAAAGGCCGUAUCACUGCUAUCAGUGUGGAAAUAGUUUUAAUCGUCACUGUCAUCUCAAACAACACCAGCACAUUCACACUGGAGAGAGGCCCUAUCACUGUGGACAGUGUAAGAAGAGUUUUUCUUUUCAGAGUGCUCUCUACCGACACCAGCAUAUUCAUACAGGUGAAAGGCCGUAUCACUGUAGACAGUGUGAGAGAAGUUUUACUCGUCAGAGUUAUCUCCUACAACACGAGCGCAUUCACACCGGUGUAAGACCGCAUCACUGUGGACAGUGUGAGAGAAGUUUUACUUGUCGAAGUACUCUCCUACGACACGAGAGCAUUCACACAGGUGUAAAGCCGUAUCACUGUGGACAGUGUGAGAAAAGUUAUGCUUGUCUGAGUCAUCUCCAACGACACGAACGCAUUCACGCAGGAGAGAAGCCGUAUCGCUGCUCGCAGUGUGGGAAAAGUUUUCGUGACCAGAAGGCCCUCGACAGCCACCAGCAGAGUCAUUCAGGACUGAAGUCAUACCUCUGUGGACAAUGUGGACGGAGCUAUAUUCAUGCAAGUUCAUUAAGGCGACACAAGUGUUCUAACUUAGUCAUCAGUUCUUGAUAAGUGAAUUUGUCAUUUAAAUUUUUUUUUUUUUUUUUUUUAAGGUAGGUACAGGGAAAUUUGGGCAUAAAAUUAUUAUUAUUUGCCAUAGGAUGUAGUAUUCUGUUGCAUGGGACUGUAUUGCUUACUGUCCACUUUUUAGCAGAAUUCAUGAUUUUGUCAUUUUCCUGGUUUCCCCUUACUGUAAUCCAUCAAUCUGCGCCUCUGAGUGAGACACAUGACACUUUUUCUGACAAAAGCAAAUAAAAUCAAAACAGAGGCAUUGUAUUAUUAA